AUGGCGGACCCAUUGACUGCUGUUGUCGCAAUAGGAUGGGGCAUGAAAGCCGCAGGGUGGGUCGCCUCGCCCAUCAUCUCUGAUCUGUUCAAGAAAGCAUCCUCGUAUCUUGGCUUUGAUGCAUCGAAGAAGCUGAGUGAGCUUGAGCCAAAGAUUUUAUUGCUGGAGCGGGUGAUGGGAGCAGUUGAGGUGAGCCCUUACAGGCCUCGAUUGGAGGGGCUGUACAGUAAACUUAAAUCUGCGUUCUACGAAGCAGAGGAAAUCUUGGAUGAUGUUGAGUACUACCGUCUCGAGAAGAAGAUACCAGAUGACAAGCUCAAGUCAGAGGUUGCCGGGCCUUCACGUCGCUUGAAGCAGAUCUGGUCUGCCACGGUGAAGAGCUCUCCACUAAAACAUCAGGAGAGUGGUAUGUCAAAAGUUAAGUUGAAAAAGAAGCUAGACAGAAUAGAAGAGGUCAUAAAUGAUGCAUGCAAAGUUUUAAAACGGAUGAACUUGCCAAGCAUAAGUGGUGCAAACCAGAGCCAUGUUGUUGCUGCCAACUCACGAGGUGGUGGCACUACUUCACGGCCUCUCUCAACGAUAAUCGGACGAGAUGAGGAUUGCGAUAAGAUCGUAGCAUUGCUUCAUGAGAAGGAAGAGCAUGGUCAGCCUGACACCAAUAGCGCUCCAUGUUAUACAGUAGUUGGCAUUCAUGGCAUCGGUGGCUCUGGGAAAUCAACCCUUGCACAACUUGUUUGUGCCCAUGAGAAAAAGGAUACCCAUUUUGACCUUGUAAUGUGGGUUCAUGUUUCUCAGGAUUUUGGUGUGGAUGCCAUUUACAUGGAGAUGUUUGAGGCUGCUACAGGUACUUUAUGCCCUCAAUUCAAAAAUCGUGACACCUUACAGGAUAUGUUGGAGAAGAAACUGUGUGGAAAACGUUUCCUUUUGGUACUAGAUGAUGUUUGGUACAAUAUGAAUAUUAGAGAUGCGACACAGUCUGAAAAUCUGCAACAGAUACUCUCGCCUCUCAGGGCUGGAGAGGCAGGAAGCAAGAUCCUAGUCACUAGUCGAAAUGAAGAUGCAUUAUUAGCUCUGGGUGCCGCGAAGCAGAGAUGUAUUCCCAUAUCUGUCCUAGAUGAAGAUGUCUUCUGGAAAUUGCUCAUGCAUUAUGCACUCCACGGUGUGCCCGUUGAUGAUCAUACUCAUGGAACACUGGGAGACAUUGGGAAAGAGAUUGCAAAAAAGCUGAAGGGGUCACCUCUAGCAGCCAGAAUAGUCGGAGAACAGUUGCGUAUAAGGCAAAACGUUGUGUUCUGGAGAAGCGUCCGCGACCGGGACCUUUUGAACGAGACGAUGGGAGCUCUGUGGUGGAGCUACCAUCAUCUUCAUGAGCAGGUCAAGCGAUGCUUUGCUUUCUGCAGUAUUUUUCCUCGAAGACAUUGCUUGGAAGGUCAUGAGUUAGUUAAGCUUUGGGCUGCAGAAGGGUUUGCCAGAUGCACUAGUGAAGGUGAGGAAAUGGAAGAUGUUUGCCAGGAAUACUUUGAUGAACUAGUGUCAGCCUCGUUUCUGCAACUUAAAGCAAAGGAAUAUCCCCAUGAAAGCGACUACUAUUUAGUUCAUGAUCUAUUGCAUGAUUUAGCGGAGAAGGCUGCUGGAAGUGAUUGUUUCAGAAUCGAAAAGAGUGAACUGCAAGAAAAAUGCGCAGCUGUGGAAGUUCCUCCAAACGUCCGCCAUAUGUUUGUUCAGUUCUAUGAUACACUAUUGAUUACUACAAAGAUAUGCCAAUUGUGCAACUUACGCACUCUCAUCAUUGGUAGUGGACCUACUUGGGAUGCAGUUUCGGAGCAAGUCUUGAAGUUUAUGUUUAAGAGGCUGAGGAAGUUGCGUGUGCUCACCAUAACUGCCGGAUGUUCAGCGAGAUAUGAUGUCCCCUCAGUUAUGCCACUCCCAGCAUGCAUUGACCAGUUAAGGCACCUGAGGUAUCUUGCUUUUCGGCUUCAUGAUUCUACAAAUCUGAGGAUGAUUUUACCGGCCACUUUUAGUAAGCUAUACCACAUGCAGGUUCUAGAUUUUGGUUGCAUUGAGGAAGUGGUGUUUUCCUCUUGUGAAGAUUUUGGUAACCUCGUCAAUUUGCGGCAUGUAGUCUGCUCUGUAUUUGUGAAUAUUCCAAGCAUCGGCAGGCUGACAUCACUCCAAACAAUGUCAGGCUUCGAUGUAAGAAAGGAACAAGGGUACGAGUUUAGGCAACUCGGGAACCUAAAAAAGCUUCGUGGCAAGCUGUGGAUCAGGGGCAUGCAAAAUGUUGAAAGCAAGGAAGAAUCUCUAGAGGCUAAUCUGGCCGGUAAGGAAGGGAUCAGUACACUGGAACUGACCUGGUGGGGGGGUGGUAAAGCGAGUCCAGAAGUUCUAGAUGGUCUUUGCCCACCCAAGGAUCUUAAAUCACUUAUUAUGAAUGGUUACCACGGCAUUAGGUAUCCAAGUUGGAUGCACUAUGGUGCCACAAAGCACGUAAACCAUCUCCAUCUCCGCAACUGCAGCCCACUACAUGGUCCUGAACUUAGUGGGUUUUGCACUCAUCUCCGUGAGCUCAUUAUUGAGCAGUGCACCUGGGACGCCUUGCCAGACUACAUGGAGCACCUGACAUCACUGAAGAACCUGGAGAUCUCGUGCUGCUACAAUAUUCGAUCUAUUCGGUCGCUUCCAACACUGCCUCAGUCUAUCAAGGACUUCAACUUCCGUAUCAGUAAUGAGGUGUUGCUGAGCUCGUGCAAAACAGUUGGAGAUCCAGAUUGGCAAAAGAUUAAGCACAUUCCGUACGUAUCAACAGACAAUGAUAACAACAUAGGAUCAUACUGCGCGAUGAAAAUGGGAGUUGUACAAGACCAGAAGGAAACGAACUUGAUAGUUUAUCGUCACAAUUUGCUGUGA